AAUUACUGUGUUUGAAUUUUGGGAGUUAGCAUAUAUCCAUGGCUGCUGGUACUACCAUUGCUUCCUUCUCCAUGUACACAAAAUUCGUUAACUUUUCCUUUUCUUCUUCUUCUUCUUCCAUUCCACUCAACUUCCCACACACAAAAACCAUUUCCCCAAAACCCCUCAACCUAAAACCCCAAUUAUUCAACAACCCUUUUCCUUUCUCACUCUACUCUCUUCAUUGUCUUCCUCCAAUUACCUUCCAUGAUUUCCUACUCACUCAUAAAAUAAUAGAAGAAUCUGAAGACGAUGAUGAUGAAGAAGAAGAAGAAGAAGAAGAAGAAGAAGAAGAAGAAGACGACGAAGACGAAGAGCAACCUAGGAGACUCUUUGUUGGAAACUUGCCAUUUUCAUUGUCUUCUUUCCAAUUGGCUGAACUCUUUGGAGAAGCUGGGACUGUUGUGUCUGUGGAGGUUGUGUAUGAUGACAUGACGAAUAGAAGCAGAGGAUUUGCAUUUGUUACAAUGGGGAGUGCGGAGGAUGCUGAAGAAGCAAUUCAAAUGUUUGAUGGCACUGAAGUUGGAGGUAGGGCUAUUAAGGUAAACUUCCCAAAAGUGCCCAAAGCAAGUGAAAGGGUACAAACGGGCUCAAUCUAUAGAGGUUAUGUAGACAGCCCACACAAAAUCUAUGCUGGAAACCUUGGUUGGGAUAUGACUUCCCAGGAUCUUAGAGAAGCCUUUGCUGAGCAGCCAGGCUUAUUGAGUGCCAAGGUCAUUUAUGAAAGGAACAGUGGAAAGUCUCGCGGAUUUGGAUUUGUCUCUUUCGAAACUUCUGAAGAUGUAGAGGGUGCUUUGAGUAAUAUGAACGGUGUGGAGGUUCAUGGCCGGCCUUUACGACUGAAUUUGGUUGUAGAUAGUAAGAAGCCUUCAUCUCCUCCGGCAAUUGAUCAAAAUAAAGGAAAUAAUGUUGAUAGCUUGGAAAUGUUGUUUGGAAUAAGUAAAUGAGGUAUAUAUAUUAUCUCCCCACCCCAUCCUGAAUAGGCUUCAAUUUUCGUCCAAAGUGGUCUAUAGUUGGCUGCACUGUAAAGCCAACUAUAGACGAUUCAAUUUGGAUUGUGCAUCAAAUAUAUGUAGAUAGUCCUUUUGAAAACUAAUAAAUGCAGUAAUCAUAUUUAUUUAUUUGGCUCUUCAAAGAUAUAUGUGAUGUACAUUAGUCUUUGAUUAAGCAUCCACAUCGAUUUUUUUUCUUCAA